UCGAUAAAAAUGAAUAUAAAGUGGCAAGUACAUUAAUAGAAUUUUUACUUAUACUGUCACAAUUGUCAAACACAACUGGCAAUAAAAUGAACAAACAUAAAGCAGGAUAUAUUAAAGAAACAGGUAUACUUGAUAACUAUCAUCUAUGCAAAGUUGAAGCCAAAACAAUUGAUGAAAAUAAAUGUAAAGUGACAAGUACAUUAAUAGAAUUUUUACUUAUGCUAUCACAAUUGUUAAUAAGACUUACUAUACAAAAACAGAUUCAUUGCAAAGCUAAAUUCUUUUCUCUAGAAUCUUUUUCAAAACCUACUUCUAAUUUUCUUACCAAUCUUAAGAAGAAGCCUUUUGAUCGUUUAACAUUUUACAACCUUAUCACCUUACAAGCUCCAAAG